AUGUCUCAAUCGUUUUACGCGCGGGACAAGUUCCAAGCGUCAAAGUUCUGGGUGGAAAAGUACGAGCAAGAAGCCUCGAAGAACUGGGACCGGUUUUACAAGACGCACAAGGGGAACUUCUUCAACGACCGCGAGUGGUUUUACCGCGAGUUCCCGGAAUGUUUUCGUAAACCAGAAUGGAGAGAGACGGAGGAACCGAUGCCGGAACACAUCGAAGUGGACGAGUUUGACACGACGACGGCAGAGCCGAGCGAAGUUAUGAAAAGCACGACGAAAGAUGAAGUGGAAGUGAAACCGUUGCCGGAGGAAAACAGGGUCUAUUUAGAGCUCGGAUGUGGCGUCGGGAAUUCGGCGUUUCCGAUUAUUAAGAACGACCCGACCGCGGUGGUGUACUGUUGCGAUUAUUCCGCGAACGCGAUCGAGGUUUUGAGGAAACGGAAAGAAGAAACGUUAUCAAAAGAAGACCAGUUAAGGAUACGAGAGUUCGUGUGUGACAUUACCAAGGAAGAUGUGUGCGAGAAAGGAGCCGUGCCUAAAAAUGCGGUGGACGUGUGCACUUGCGUUUUCGUCUUAUCGGCGCUGAGUCCAGAAACGGUCAAAAAUGCCAUCGAAAACAUCGCAAACGCGUUAAAACGUAAUGGCCAAGGUAGAUGUUUAGUCAGAGAUUACGCGGUUGGUGAUUUAGCGGAAGUUCGUUUCGAAAACGCGCGAAGAGACGGACAAAAAUUGGGCGACCAUUUUUACGUCCGGAGCGAUCGAACGCGUUCGAUUUUUUUUAGCAACGAAGGUUUAGUGGAGGAUUUUUGCGGCGGCGGCGGCGGCGAUAACAACGAUAACAAGAAGCACUUCUCUUUGAUUGAGUGCACGAAGUUUGCUCGCAUAAUCAAGAAUAGGAAAGACGAGACGGAAAUGAGGAGAAGAUGGGUGCAAAGUUCUUUCGUGAGAAACUAA